GUUAUCGCCUACCGGUGGCCGCCGCCUGGCCCUUCCUGGGCGCCCCCCUCGGCGGAGCACCCACCCUCGCACCGCUGCAGCUGCCCGUCUCCAUGCCGGUGGCCCAGGCGCCGCCAUCGGUUUCCGUUGGCGGCGCCGCCGCCGCCGCUGCAGCCGCCUCGCAUCCGCAUGCUGCCCAUGUCCAUGCCGCCCAUGCCCACGCCCUUGGCCCCCAGUUGGCGCAACUCCAGGCCGUUGCCGUGCCCACCGCUGCCGCCCAGCAGCAACAUUCGGCAUUGCAGCAAUCAUUGGCCGCCGCCGCUGCCGCUGCAGCCGCUGCCCAGAAUCAAGGAGGAGUUGCUGGUAAUCCGAACGCUGCUGCCGCCGCCGCCGCCGCCUAUGCCGCCCGUCUCUCAGCGGCGGGCGCCACACAAUCACCGCAAACGGCCGCUGCUGCUGCGGCUGCUGCUUCCAUGGCUGCGUCGGCUAAUGCGGCCAACAGUGCUGCCGCCCUGCAUGGAUUCGCGCC